AUGAAAAAGAAUACCUCUCCUUUUUCUUCUUCCAAUAGUAACAACCAUAAACACUCCUCUUCCUCUAAAAAAGAUUCUCCCAGAAAACAAUCUUCAUCCAAUCAAACCGCCAUAUCUGUCGUGUGUUUGUCUGUGAACAUUUUGUUAAAUCCAAAAAUUCAUAUUUUGGCUGGAAAUUCUUCCACAGCCAACACCUUGCUCUAUUUUCAUCCCUCGAGUGUUGGUUCCAGUAGUGGAAAACACGCUUCCUUCAAUAACAAUAACAACCCCUUUGGUUCAGGUUCACCUCAAUCGACCGGCAGUUCAUCUUCUUCUUCAAAUGGAGGACAAGUCAAUAACAACAACUUUUUAAAUGUCACUUCUCCUGGCUCUCAUUAUUCCAUGACGAUUCAAGAUCGAGAAUGUUACUCUCAAGAUUUUUAUCAUUGGAGUCAACAAUCAAUGAAUGGUUAUUGUGAAUGUUUGAGUGAAUGUUCAGAAAAUUCCACACAAGCGCUUGUGUAUGAUUCUUCUUCUGGAAUUUUGUUUCCUCCAUCAACAGCAACAAAUUCUGAAAGAACUUCGAGUGCGAGCGCUUCUGGAGCUUUGAAUGAUCAACAAGCAAUGAGGACUGGAUCGACCAGUUUGAAUUCUUCAUCGAGUUCUUUAUUUGGUUCUUCCAACUCUUCGUUCAUGCCCAAUCCAAAUAAUACGAAUGGCAAAUGUCAAGACGAACCACUCAAAUCCACUUCUCAACUGAGCGAAGAAAUGCAACUUCAAUGGAUUGACUAUAUGAAAAAUCGAUUUUUGACCUUUGUCGAAGACACUGCCAAAUUGGCAAGUGAAAUGGAAAUCAAAAUGAUGUUCGUGGAAUUGUUCUAUGAUCCCGUUCUUGAAAAAGUUCCUUCCAAAGUGUUCAAAACAGUCGAAGAUGUCUACAUUCGACUGGAUGUGUUCUGUCGAGCUUUGGUUCAUUUGAAACUUCCAUUCGAAAUUGUGGAAUUUGAAAAGUUAAGAAAUGAAGCCUUACAAAAACAUGGAAAUUCUUAUCAAUGGUUCUAUUUGAAAUAUUUACCAUCCUUACUCAAAAAGCAACAACUCUUCAAACAUGAAUAUUUAAAAGACUUUUUAGAAGAACAAAUGAUCAAGUGUGAACAACCUCGAUUGGUCUUGUUGAACAGUGACGAUGUGGCAGUUUCGAAUAGUUCUAAUAUUUCAUCGAAUCCUUCUCCAAGAAGUUCAAUUCCACAUCAUUCAAAUGAUUGUUCAUCUCAAACAGCGGGUUUGUUGGAUGAAAUCAAAUUAUUGUGUCACAUGUUCUUGAUUGAACUUGGAGAUUGGUUUUCUCUCUUUGAAUACAAACAGAGAAAAAAGAUGAAGAAGUGGUUUGAAAGAGGAAUUAAGAAUCAUUGCAUUCCAAAAUAUGUGUUAGAGAUUUAUAAAAAAAAGAAGGAAAAGAAUGAAAAGGCCUUUCGAGAGUUCAAGUUUAAGGAUGAAGAUUUGAAUAUCAAACAUGUGAUUGAUUCUGAUUGGACCUUUACCAAUUGGAUGUGUCAUGAACAUACCAAUGAUUGGUAUGUGACCUAUUCAAACAUGCCAAAUGUCAUUCAAUGGAAUUCCGACGAAGAUCACUCGGUCGGAAAUUUGGAAUUGAGAAAUUCCAAAAUCAUUGGCUACCUUGAUCACCCGUUGGGACAAGUGGUCAAAUCCACUCACUACGACUCUCAUCUCGAAUACUGUUUCAAAAACGUGGAGUGGCACUACUACACGCCCAUCAACGCUUCGAGUAGCACUCAAAAGUAUCCAGGUGCCUUAAUGACUGCUAAAUUCGAUUUUGGUCCAAUGUUUUCAUUGCGAGGUGUUCAAUUUGUCUUUUCGAGCAAAUCUCAAUUUUUAGGUGACAAGAUGGUCGAAAAUGCCUUUCUGUUCAAAUCGAGUGAUUUUGUCAAGACGGAGGAAAUCAAAGACUUGAUCAAGUGUCCCUUUGUUGGAAGUCGAAUUUCCAUGAUGGUCGAUAAGAAUCGAACACGCUAUGUCGAAGCUCGAACAUCGAACUUGGGAGGUUUCCUAAAUAAGAAGAUUAUCUUUACCAAUCCACUCUCUGCCAAGAAGUUGUGUCUCGAUAAUUAUCAUGGAAUUUUAAAGGCCAUUCGAGAAGCAAAAGAGAAGGGUUAUGCCAUGCCUUCUUUUGCUAAUAAUUAUUUAGCGAAAAUUCUCUAUGAUUAUUGCAAGUAUUAUUGUGGAGUGGAUUUGCAAAAGAAUGAAUUGGAAUGA